ACCCACCAAUACCUUUUUCCCUCCCCCUCACCUCACUCACUCCUCCUCCUUCAGUGGCGAGUAGUUGUAAGACUAGUAACCUCCCUUUACUUUUAUUUAUUUAUUUUUACCCAUUUUCGUUCGUUUCCGUUUUCUUUUUCACUCUCACUCUCUCUCUCUCCCUUUUUCGGAUCGUGUCACCAUCGCCAUCUUCUUCUUGAGGUUUUGCAAUUAAGGUAACUUUCACUAUUCUGGGUGCUUUGGUGGGUCUCCAUCUGUUUGUUGAAAAACCUAAACCAACAAAAUGAAGGAUUUUCCUUCUUGUUUUGGUGAAAAUGGUGUUCAAGUUGCGGAUUCUUCUUCAUCGUCUUCAAGUGCUGCUAGAAAUGCUCAGAAUAACAUGGUUACUUGUGUUUACCAAUGCCGGAUACGUGGUAGGUCGUGUCCGAUUACUGUCAAUUGGAGUAAGAAUAUGGUGGGUCAACUUCUCACUGUUGGGAUCCAUGAUUGUCUUUGUAAGGUGGAUGUUAAACCUUGGGUUUUUUCUAAGAAGAAAGGUUGUAAGAGCCUUGAGGCUUUUUCUGCUAAAAUUGAUGUCUUUUGGGACCUAUCUUCGGCUAAAUUUGGUUCUGGGCCGGAACCGUUGGGAGGGUUUUAUGUUGGAGUUGUUGUGGAUCGUCAAAUGGUUCUUCUUCUCGGGGAUUUGAGGAAAGAAGCUUUCAAGAAAACCAAUGCUGUUCCGCUGCCGUGCAGUUCCAAUGCAGCUGUUUUAGUUGCCAAGAAAGAACAUGUUUUUGGUAAGAAGUUGUAUGCUACAAAGGCUGUGUUUUGUAAUAAUGGUCAAAUUCAUGAUCUUGUGAUUGAAUGUGAUACUGCAAGUGGUGUUAGUGAUCCGAGCCUUAUAAUUCGUCUAGAUAGCAAAAUUGUGAUGGAAGUGAAGCGGUUGAGAUGGAAGUUCAGAGGGAAUCAUACUAUCCUUGUUGAUGGCCUUGCAGUGGAUGUUUUCUGGGAUGUCCAUAAUUGGCUCUUUGGUGCUUCUCUUGCAGAUGCUGUCUUUAUGUUCAGGACGUGCCUCUCCGCGGACAAGUUGUGGACUACACAAGCACAGCCCCUUUCUUCUGAUGAUGAUAGUCUGCUGCAGUGGUCUUUUUCCGAGAGGUUUUCUGACACUAGAUUUUCGGAUCUUGGUUUCUCGCUUAUUUUGUAUGCCUGGAAGAACUUGUAAAGAUGCAGAAAUCCACCAUAUAUUUAAUACUAACAGACAUCUUAGUGAGUUUUCUAUUCAUCAACCAUGUCACUGAAAUACAGUCGACAGAAAAUGAGUCCUUUAGUUUUGUUUCUUUCGAUCCACCUGUUAAAUUCACAUCCUCGAUCUAGCUAAUUGGCUGAGCUAUUUGAACAGAUCAGUUUUUGUUUUGGAAAUCCAAAAGGCUGUAUAUUUGUCCUGAGGUGUUAAUCUAUGGUCUAUUUGAUUUAAAGUUUGCUUCUUGUGCUUUUUAGCUUAUCACAUGUCCAUUCUUUUGAUUAGUAUGUACAUACAUAUUAGUAAUUAAUAAUUAUACACAGCUCCGGGUUGUCGAAUGUUUUAA